AUGGACAAGCUCGCGUCCUUCACCCGUCUCUGUCCCUUCCUUGGAAGGACCAAGCAGUCGACUCUUCGUGCUCUCAGCACUUCUGUUUCUCCCAGGUAUCCUUCUCUCACAAAGCUUACCGAAAGGGCAACAAAAUGCCCCGUCAUGGGCCCUGCCUUGAAUACUCGUUCCAAGGAGCUCGUUGCUGGCUACGCUAGCAUUGCUGGUAAUUCAGACGUCGAGCAGAUCCAUAAGGAGCAGGGUAUCAACGUCCCACCUGGCGCGACCGUCGAAAUGUGUCCCCAUGCCUCUGCAGCUCGUGCCGCCGCCCGUACAGCUGAAGACCUUGCUGCAGCUGCAACCAAGAAUGCAGCCAAGUCUCAGGUGACCGGUUCAACAGCUGGUUGUCCUUUCCACAAGGCAGCGGCUAUUACUGAGGUCGCAAAGAAGGCCCCUACUCCCGUCGAGGCCGCCCAUCCUGGUGCCUUCGACUACGAGAGGUUCUUUGUUGACGAGCUUGACAAGAAGCACCAGGACAAGUCUUACCGCUACUUCAACAACAUUAACAGACUCGCCAAAAAGUUCCCUAUCGCGCACACGAGCGAACCUGAAGAUCUGGUCCAGGUCUGGUGUUCGAAUGAUUACCUGGGGAUGGGAAACAACCCUGUCGUUCUCGAGACCAUGCAUCGCACCCUUGACAAGUACGGCCAUGGUGCUGGAGGGACGCGUAACAUCGCUGGGAACGGUGCCCUGCAUCUGCAACUCGAGCAGGAACUUGCUGCCCUGCACCGCAAGCCUGCAGCCCUCGUAUUUUCGUCUUGCUACGUAGCAAAUGAUGCCACGCUUUCUACCCUCGGAGCGAAGCUCCCAGGCUGUGUGCUUUUCUCAGACACUAUGAAUCACGCGUCCAUGAUUCAAGGGAUGCGUCAUUCGGGCGCCAAACGGGUUAUUUUCAAACACAAUGAUUUGGAGGACCUGGAGGCGAAAUUGAAGCAGUACCCGAAAGAGACGCCGAAGAUCAUCGCUUUCGAGAGUGUUUACUCAAUGUGUGGCAGCAUUGGACCCAUCAAGGAAAUUUGCGAUCUGGCUGAGCAAUAUGGCGCUUUGACGUUCCUUGACGAGGUUCACGCUGUGGGACUAUAUGGACCCCGUGGUGCUGGUGUUGCUGAACAUCUAGACUACGAUGUCCAUGAGGCCGCCGGAGAUAGUCCAGAUCCUAUCCCCGGAACUGUCAUGGAUCGUAUCGAUAUUAUUACGGGUACAUUGGGCAAGUCGUAUGGCGCUGUCGGAGGUUACAUCGCUGGUUCGGAUGACUUCGUUGAUAUGAUUCGGUCUUACGCCCCUGGUUUCAUCUUCACGACUUCCCUGCCUCCCGCUACGGUUGCUGGCGCACAUGCUAGUAUCGCUUAUCAGAUGUCCUACGUCGGCGAUCGUCAAUUGAAGCAGGUCAAUGUUCGCGAGGUCAAGAGACGAUUUGCCGAACUUGACAUUCCCAUCGUCCCCGGUACCUCGCAUAUUGUCCCUGUCUUUGUGGGCGAUGCUGCUCUCGCCAAAGCUGCUUCGGACAAGUUACUCGUUGAACACGAUAUCUACGUUCAAUCAAUCAACUAUCCGACCGUCGCUCGAGGUGAAGAGCGCCUUCGUAUCACGGUCACUCCUCGUCAUACUGUUGAACAAAUGGACAAUCUUAUCGCUGCCGUCGACCAAAUAUUCACGGAACUGAACAUCAAACGGUUGAGUGACUGGAAGGCUAUUGGUGGUCGUGCUGGAGUUGGUUCUCCCGGUGCAGAAGAGAACUUGGUUCCCAUAUGGAGCGAUGAACAACUUGGAUACUACAAUGGCACUACUCCCAAGACGCUGCACGAUGGUCAGAAGGCUGUGGUGGACAUGAAAGGCGUGGCUUCUGCCAGGAGCAGAUUCAACAAGCUUUUGGGCCUGAUGACUGGUCCUCUUGAGGCGAGCCGA